GCAGCUGCUAGCUUACAGGGGUACUGCAGCUCCGGCAGGACAGCGAUGGGACGUAGACGAUAUGUAUCUCAAACAAAUCAAACGAAAGGCUGGACUGAGCCGCUAAUGAUGGAUAAGCGAUAGUUUCAGUGUUUUAUGCUGCUUUCCGGAUUAUCUGGACACCGCUUAUCAAGCCCAGGAGGUAAAGCGUAACUUAGCAGACUUGUUCUUCACGGGGGAGGAAGUUUGUUGUGGCGAAGGGAACAUAAUAGGAAACCGGGGAGGGACAAACUAUCUCGACAUGGAGGACUUCGGCUCGGCCCUGGAGAAAAAUGUGGCUGACCUCACUGUGAUGGACGUGUAUGACAUCGCCGCGGUGGUGGGCCAGGAGUUUGAGAGGAUCAUAGACCAGUAUGGCUGCGAGGCUCUGUCCAGGCUCAUGCCCAAAGUGGUGCGGGUUCUGGAAAUCCUAGAGGUGAUGGUGAGCCGCAGCAGCAUCAGCCCGGAGACCGAGGAGCUAAGGCUGGAGCUGGAUAAGCUGCGGCUGGAGCGCAUAGACCGGCUGGAGAAGGAGAAGAAGCACAGAAAGGAGCUGGAGCUGGUGGAGGAUGUGUGGAGGGGAGAAGCUCAGGAUCUGCUCUCCCAGAUUGCACAGCUGCAGGAAGAGAACAAAACCCUUCUCACCACCAUGUCCAUCAAAGACCCCUUGAGCGAGGAGGACUUGCAGAGGCAUGAGGGUAUGACAGAAAGAGAGAGGCAGGUGAUGAAGAAGCUUAAAGAAGUGGUGGACAAGCAGAGAGAUGAGAUUCGAGCCAAGGACCGCGAGCUCACUCUGAAAAACGAGGACAUAGAAGCACUCCAGCAGCAGCAGUCUCGUCUUAUGAAAAUCAACCAUGACCUGCGCCAUAAAAUCUCUGUGGUGGAAGCUCAGGGCAAAGCACUCAUCGAACAGAAGGUUGAACUGGAGGCCAGCGCUCAGGCGCGAGGGCAGGAAGUUGCUGGUCUUCGGCAGGAAAUCGCACGCUUAAGGGAGCGGCUUCAAGGAGAGCUGCCUGCUCAGAACUCAGACGAGCCUCCGCCUCAGCCUCCUUCACCUGCAGAGUGUGGUAAGACUGCUGCAGUGUUGGUGGGGGCUGAGGGCAGGUCAGACAGACCUGACUCCUCAGAGCCGACACCUGGUGGGUUUGAUCGUGCACCGUGGCCUCUGUCUGGUUCCCUCGGCCCAGAGGCGCACGAGGAUGAGGAUGCUGAUGACGAGGCAGUGUUGCUUUGGGAGGCAUUGUGUGAGGAGGAGUCAGGGGGCGUGGACCCAAAGGACCCCAACAGGCCCCGGUUCACACUGCAGGAGCUGAGGGACGUCCUCCACGAGCGGAAUGAGCUCAAGGCCAAAGUGUUCCUGCUGCAGGAAGAGCUGGCCUACUACAAAAGUGAUGAGGCAGACGAGGAGAUCGUUACUCCAUCUUCUUCUCCCUCCCCCGAACUGAGGACUCGCUCCCGCUCUUCUGCCCAGCCGGAAUCGGGAAUCAAGCGCCUGUUUAGUUUCUUCUCGCGUGACAAGCAGCGGAGCGCGCAGCGGAGCGCGCAGUUCGACGUCGGCUUUGGCUCGUGGGCGGGCAAGGACGACGUGUACACAGAACAAGCCCAGGAGGCGUUACAGCACAUGUAGUCACCGUAUGGGACUUCAAACUCUUAACACUCCCAUCACUCAACUGCACACCAAACCACCACUAGCAACUCACGCUGCAGCUGAAACGCCAUGUACUUGAGGUGAGAGGAUGGCCAGAAAGAAGAGGAAUCUAAUAUCCUUGCAGAAAUUCUACAUAUACUUAAAACUGUGCAACUUUAAAAAUGACUGAAAGUGUUUUGGUUGUUGCAGGAUUAAUGUGCAGAGGAGAGGGUGAACUCAGGUUGAAGGGGGGGAACGUGGAAAGUUGCGUGCAGGUGGUAAAUGAUAUGUAGGUGAAGGUCUGGAGUAAAUAGGGGUGAAAAUGGCUGCACACCUGCGUGUGCUAUAAAAAUCCUAUUUGAAUUACUUUAAUUGAAAAAGAAUAUUUGCACAAACUUGUGAGGAAAACACUCGGUCAUUUAAGAUGAGAGCAACAUUUUAAUGUCCCGUUUUAGCUAUUUUAAAUUUCUGUCAUGUGGGCAGCUAAUCGGUCCAUCACCAGCGUUAUGCAGAUUGAGAUUAUGCAGCUGUAUAAAUCUAAUUGAGGCCUCUGUGUAAAUGUUGCAUACAGUCACAACUGAAUUUAUGAUAAGUUAAAGUACUCGUGUAAAGUGAAAGUUGACAGCCUUCAAACUGAAUAAGCCAACAUAAUACUGAGUUAAUGCCUCUGUUGGCUCUGAUAGUUUGACGCAGCAUUUCAUGAUGUUAGUAGUGAUGAUUUUUUUUUUUAAUCCUAAUGACUUAGUUUCCUAUCAUGUUGGCAAUAUACAACAUUGCAGCUUUGAUUACAUGUUGAAUUAGUGUGUCAUUAAUUCACAGAUCUGUACUUUUUAAAUCAGUGUUUGUAGUAUUCCAUAGUUUCAAGUUAGUGUGUAAAAGUUUUGGCCUGGUGAAUAAUUUCAUUAAGCAUGAACAUGCUUAUUUAUUCCCGAUAUUGUUGCAAUUACUUAUUGUCAGCGACCCUCUGAUCUCCAGACAGCUGACAAGAGCCGGCUAAACAACAUCAGCUAGCAUUAUGCCAGCUAACGUGAGGCUCGAGUGUCCUAAAAAUCUCACUUUCCCUCAGAUUACAGUUUGAUUACAUUCUCACAUCGUGUGAGAGUUUAUUCACUAAGUCUCAGAGCCCACCAAUCUUACAUCCACUUCAAAGACAGUUUCGCUAACAGUGGCUAACAGCAACAAAAGCAGCAGCACUUACAUACAGUUCAGUAUAUCCUCAACAGCUCACCUCAGUAUCGCACUCAUCGGCUCAUAUCAGACUCCUUUCACAAAGUUUUACAGCCUGCUCCAGAGUAAAUAGAGGUGGACAGUUCUCACCCGGCAUACCGGACUGACAGCAGCAGGGAAAAAACUCCGGGGUGGAUCUGGAUGCGAUCCAGUGGUAGAAACACGGCAGUCAGCUGCAGACAUUCUGGUUUACAGUCUAAAUUGAAUGUUUUUGAUCUCUCUUGGCUAAAACAUGUCCUGUAGCAGCCACCAUAUCUAGGAUUAUGCACAACAGAACUCACUUGACUGAAACCUGCAAUCUACUGACAUCUAGUGGUGAAAGUUUUACACACUGUAACUUUAACUCCUGAUUUAAUCAUUUCUUCUUUUUUAUCAUUUGAAAACAGAGAAUUAAUAUAAUACAUUUGACUAAACAAUUCACUAUAAAUUUGAUUUAGUCUGUUUUAUUAAGUAGGUCUUUAUAAUAUUGAUUUAUUUUUUUCACAGAGUAAAAAGUGUGACUCAGUUUUAACUCAUGUUCAUUACUGAGAUUUUGUAUCUCAUCUUAUUCAUUUACUCAUCCUAAUUUUGAUUUAUUAACUUAAUGACUUAUUGUCUCAUAAUUGUUGACUUAGUGAGUUCUUUAUAAUAUUAACAUAAUAUUGAUUUUAUUUGUAAUACCUCAUAACUUUGAUUUAGUAUCUCAUAAGUUUGAAUUUAUUUUAUUUAAGAAACAGGCCGGCACAUUGUGCUCAUGCAAACCUACAGUUUUGCAACAGCUACUAUCAGAUAAUAAUAAAUUACAUCUGCUUGAUUUUAUUUGAUUUCUAUCAUCUAACAUAGCCUGUAGGAGACAGUGUGACAUUGUAUCAGAAGGCAGCACUGCUGGGUUUACUUCAGAGCUGCUGGUGUGAAGUCUCACACAUUAGCAGCAUGCAAGACUUCAUGUCUCGUCUUUUUUCAAAGGCAGAAAGUAAUGACAGAUACUUAACACUCCAAACCAAAGCAAUACAUAUCACCAGCCUCAUCCUCAAGUGAAAGCAAUAUGUCAUAACAUGCUAAUUUUAAUGUGGCAUCUAUAUGAGCCUUAAGUCCAUUAUAUUUAUACUUCAGGCUCUCUAGAUAAAGAUCUUUAAGGAUCAGAUUUGCAGUAAUAUUCAGCAAAAGCAACAAUAAUAAUUAUAAUAACCCCAAAUAUGAUCACACAUCAGUGCAUUUGUGCUCAUAUGCAUCAUUUAUACAAGGCCUCAAAUUUAAACAUAGUUCUUUGAAAACGGUCGUGAAGCAUUAGAUUUCUCAAAUUGUGCGUAGUUUAAAAUAACAGUGAUAGAGCUGAAGAGUGUGUUUACAUAUUUUUUUAAUGCUAUUUUACGGAUGGUGCUUGUGCUUUAACAGCUGAUGUCUUCAGCCCUGAGAAGCUGUGGUGUGAAAUGUUAGCAGUAGUCUAAGUUUUAUCUUCAUUUAUACUCCCUCACCAGGGUGGAAUAAAUGAAUGUAAAACGACCAGAGUAAUAAAUGAGGCUGAAGAUGAGUGUGGAAGCAGCUUCCCCUCUUUCACAAACUCAGAUAUGUUAGAGAGAGAUUAUUAUAUUUUCAACAAUAUUUGGAAGUCAGAAGGAUCGGCUCAAUUCAGUCAUGAAGGAAUUAAACAGUGAAAUCUUUAAAGGGAAAUGAAGUCACGCCCACUCCAGUCUUCAGUGCAUUGUUGAUGAACAUUUCUCAUGCCUGAGUCUCCGAUGAAGCGCGUUAAAGUGGAGAUUUACAGUGAAUGGCUCAGUGCUUUAUUAAAUUCAGACAUGUCACAUCAGUAAUAAAAGUCUGUAAUAUUUGA